CGAGGACGCCGAUGACAACGCAGCAUUUCAACCAAUCACAGAACAGGAACGAAGAUGGCGGAAUCAGACAUGAGCGUCAGGAGCAGUCGAGAACUAUGGACCAUAUUGCUGGGAAGAUCUGCCUUGCGAGAGCAGGCUCAAAUAGAGGCAGAGCUUGACAGACACUGGGACCGACUGCAUCAAGGACUAAGUUACUAUAAGCCACCCAGCGCAUCCUCUGCUGGCAAAGUGAAGGAGAACAAAGCUGUUGCGCAACCAUUGAAGGAUUUUGGUCUACGGAUCAGUAAACUAUUGGCUCUUGAUGAACAACAGAGUGUGCAGAUUUUACAGUGUUACCUGCAGGAGGACUACCGAGGAACGCGCAAUUCCUUGAAGGUUGUUCUCAAGGAUGAGCGACAAAGCCAGGCACUGCUCCUUAAGGUAGCCGGCUAUUACUAUGAGGAGCGCAUGUGUCUGCUCAGAUGUGUCCUGCUCCUACUGACAUACUUUCAGGAUGAGCGACAUCCCUACAGGGCAGAGUACAGUAACUGUGUCAAUAAACUGGAGAAGGAUCUGGUGAGCAGGUACCAGUUGCAGUUUGAAAACCUCUUCAAAGCAGAAGCACCAACAUGGGAAACUCACGGAAACCUCAUGACGGAGAGGCAGGUGUCACUCUGGUUCCUGCAGUGUCUGAGGGAACAGUCUCUGCUGCUGGAGAUCAUCUUUCUGUAUUACGCCUACUUUGAGAUGAGCCCAUCCGACCUGCUGAGCUUCACCAAAAUGUUCAAAGAAGAAGGCUUCGGGUUGCGGCAGACCAACAGACACCUCGUAGACAAGAGCAUGGACUCGCUGGUUGACCGCAUUGGAUAUUUGAGCUCUCUUAUCCUGGUUGAGGGAAUGGACAUAGACUUCCUCCACAAGUGUGCUCUGGAAGACUGCACAUUGCAGCACCAGUUCUCCAAUGCUCCUGACGUGAUCAAGGAGAUGGAUCAGCUGCUCUUGACAUUUGGCGACAUCCCUCAUCACGGGCCGGUGCUGCUGGCCUGGGUCCUGCUGAGACACACUCUGCGACCAGACGAGUCGCUGCAGCCGGACGAGUCCAUCCACAUGAUCGGGAAGAUAGGCAACACCGCCCUGCAGCUGGGGGUUUUCAAGUACAUUUCAACCAUGCUGAAGGGCCUUGGCGUCUCGGGGAAUAAUUGCACAGCAAGCACAGCAAAGAUGUGCAUUUACGGUCUCCUCUCAUUUGUGAUCACUUCUUUUGAAGAGGAAAGCCUACAGACCGACGGUGUGGCGACGCAGUGCUCCCACCUGAUCGACGCUGCCUGUGAGGUCCUUUCUGCUCCCAGUCUGGCUGAAGUCUUUUGGGAAAUGAAACCGAACAUGGGGUUGGGAAUGAUCCUGGACAGCGCAGUCGGGAUGUUCCCCCAUAAGAUCGGGCCCCUGUUGCAGCUUCUAACGGCCCUCCUCUCAAACAAGUCGACUGUUACAAAGGUGUAUAAUGUUUUGGAUAAGAUGUCCUACUACACGCAAGUUUACAAACAUAAGCCCAAUGAUAUCAUCUCCAAGGAUGACGAGACACUUUGGAGGAGACAAACACCAAAACUCCUCUACCCGCUCGGCUCAGGGCAGACAAACCUGUGGAUGCCACAAGGAGUGCUGGGCCAGGUGAUGAUUGGAGGCGAUCAGGGCUACGUGGUCCGCUGGGAACACUCUUACAGCUCCUGGACGCUCUUCACCUGUGAGGUGGAGAUGCUGCUCCAUGUUGUAUCCACUGCAGAUGUUAUAGCUCACUGUGCACGCGUGAAGCCCAUCCUGGAUCUGGUCCAUAAGAUCAUAAGCACAGACUGGACCGUGUCGGAUUGUCUGUUGCCUCUCACUUCACGCAUCUACAUGUUGCUGCAGAGGUUAACUUCAGUCAUCAACCCUCCAGUGGACGUGAUCGCCUCCUGUGUGAACUGCCUCUCUGUGCUGGCUGCAAGGAUGCCUGGGAAGGUGUGGUCCAGUCUGCACCACACAGGUUUCCUCCCCUUUGCCUCCAGCCCCCUGACCAGCAUGCCUCAGUGUGUAAGUGCUGAAGGGAUGAAGGCGGGUAACUAUGGCACCCUGCUGGUCCAGAUUGAGCAGCCCAAGGGGGAGUAUGCUGUGACCAUCGCCUUCCUUCGUCUCAUUACGACCUUGGUCAAGGGUCAGCUGGGCAGCACGCAGAACAAAGGCCUGAUCCCCUGCGUGCUGCUGGUGUUGAAGGAGAUGCUGCCCACUUACCACAAGUGGCGUUACAACACCUAUGGAGUCAGGGAGCGGAUCGGCUGUCUCAUCCUGGAGCUGAUCCAUGCCAUCCUCAAUCUGAGUCCGGAGGGAGAGGACCAGGCCAGCACUCCCUCCCUGCAGUCUCUGUGCAUCUACAGCCUGGCAAACACGGAGGCCGGACAGGCAGUCGUCAACAUCAUGGGAGUCGGAGUGGACACCAUAGAUAUGGUCCUGGCUGCACAGCCCAGCAGCUGUGGCUCUGAGGGUCCCGGUCAGAUCCUGAUCCAGACCGUAAAACUGGCUUUCUCCGUCACCAACAACGUCAUCCGCCUGAAGCCGCCGUCUGACGUGGUGUCCCCUCUGGAGCAGGCCCUGACGCAACACGGCGGCCACGGCAACAACCUCAUAGUGGUUUUGGCCAAGUACAUUUACCACAAACACGACCCGGCGCUGCCUCGCCUGGCCAUCCAGCUGCUCAAAAGGCUUGCCACGGUGGCGCCCAUGUCGGUCAACGCUUGCCUCGGCAGCGACGCGGCGCCCAUCAGGGACGCGUUUCUCACGCGGCUGCAGAGCAAGACGGAAGACAUGAGGAUCAAGGUCAUGAUUCUCGAGUUCCUCACCGUCGCCGUGGAAACGCAGCCCGGCCUCAUCGAGCUUUUCCUCAACCUGGAAGUAAAAGAUGGAACGGAGGGGUUAAAGGAGUUUCUGCUCGGCGAGUGGAGCUGUCUUCACGUGGUGCUGGAGCUCAUCGACUCCAAACAGCAGGGGAAGUACUGGUGCCCCCCGCUGCUCCACCGGGCCGCCCUGGCCUUCCUUCUCGCCCUCUGGCAGGAUCGCAGAGACAGCGCCAUCUCCGUGUUACGUGCCAAAGAGAGGUUUUGGGAAAAUUUGACGACGCCUCUCUUUGGAACCCUCACUCCACCUUCAGAUACCACGGAGCCGUGUGUUCUGGAGACGUGUGCUUUUGUCAUGAAAAUCAUUGGCCUCGAGAUCUACUAUGUUGUCAGGGGUUCCUUGGAGCCGUCUCUGAAGGACGGGCUUCAGAAGUUUUCCAAUGCACGACGGUACGAGUACUGGUCCCAGUAUGUCAAGUCGCUGGUGUGCCACGUAGCGGAGAUGGAGGAGGAAGGCAUCAGCUCCUUCCCCGAGACCCAGAUGUUAAUCUCUGCCUGGCGAAUGCUGCUAAUUCUUUCCACAAGCCACUCCGAUGUGAUGCAACUAACGGAGGACUCGACCAAACUGAAGCUUUUCAUGGAUGUCCUGGAUGGGACCAAAGCUGCUCUGACUACACCCAUGUCUGUGUCUUGUCUUCGUCUUGGCUCCAUGAUGGCCACUCUGCUCCUCAUCCUCCUCAAGCAGUGGAGGAGUGUGGUAGCCACAGCUCCUGACAUCCUGUCUCCCCUCUCCCUGAUCCUGGAGAGUGUCCUGCAAGCUGACCAGCAGAUGAUGGAGAGAACCAAAGCCAAAAUCUUCUCUGCACUCAUUUCUGUGCUGCAGAUUCAGGGACUUAACGGUGGCGAUAUUUCCCAGCUGCCCCAGCUGUUGCUGUCCGUGUGCGAGACGGUGAAAGACGAGGCCCUGGCGCUCAUCGACAACACUCGCCACAUGAGCCAGACGGGGGACGCGGUGGAGGACGAGGACAGCAUGGAGACGGACUCCUUUCGCGGCCCGCAGAAGGACCAGAGAGACGGGGUGGGCGUGCUAGCGCUGCACUUGGCGAAGGAGCUGUGUCGCUCCGAUGAGGACGGGGAGCAUUGGGUCUCGGUGAUGAGGCAGAUUCCAGUUCUCCCCUCGGUGCUCAGCGCCAUCGAGCUCAGCCUGCGAUCCAAACACAACCUCUACUUCACCGAGGCUGCACUCCACCUGCUGCUCACUCUGGCCCGCACUCCUCAGGGGGCAGAUGCUGUUGCAGGAGCUGGAGUCAUCCAGACGAUCUGCCUCCCUCUGCUGAGUGUCUACGAGGUGACCUCAAACGGAGCCUCACAGAGUUUCUCCCGGAAGUCCCAGGACUCCGCCUGCUGGCCGGGGGUGUACCGCCUCUGCAUGUCUUUAAUGGAGAGUCUGCUGAAGACGCUGCGCUACAACUUCAUCAACGACGCCCUGGACUUUGUCGGAGUUCAUCAAGAACGCAUACUCCAGUGUCUGAAUGCGGUGCGGACGGUGCAGAGCCUCGCGUGUUUGGACGAGGCGGAUCACACGGUCGGUUUCCUGCUGCAGCUCUCGAGCUUCUGUAAGGAGUGGCAGUUCCACCUGCCCAAACUGCUCCGAGAUGUGCAGGUGAACCUGUGUUACCUGUGCCAGACCUGCACGUAUCUGCUCCACAGCAAGAAGAUGCUGCAUCACUACCUCCAGGCCAAAAAUGGCGACGCUUUGCCUCCGGUUCCCCUUGCCAGGACGCAGCGAGCCCCCCAGACCCCGUCUAAAGAAGCAGCAGGUGGAGGUGAGCGAGAGGAAGCUGAGCAGAAGGCCUUGCUCGCUGUGCAGUGCAGUCUUCUGAAGAUCCUUAGCAAAACCCUGGCAACUCUGCAGCACUUCACUCCAGACUGCUGCCAGAUUCUCCUGGACCAGAGCAUGGACCUCGCCGAGUAUCGAACCCUGUUUGUGCUCAGCUUCACAACUCCGGCGUUCGACCCCGAAGUGGCUCCUUCGUUUGGAACCCUGCUGGCCACCAUCAACGUGGCCCUGAGCAUGUUGAGCGAGAUGGAGAAGAAGAAAGAGCCCGUUUCCUUGAACAUCGCCUCACUGGUCUCAGUGGAGGAGAUCCAGGCUCUGAAGUCAUUGCUGAUGUUCACCAUGGAGAACUGUUUCUACGUGCUGAUCUCUCAGGCGGUGCGAUGCCUCAAAGAUCCCUCCAUCCUCCCUCGAGACAAACAAAGACUCAAGCAGGAGCUCAGCUCUGAACUGAGCACUCUACUCUCCAGCCUUUCCCGACACUUCCGCAGGGGCUCUCCGUCAUCUCCGUCCAGCGGCAUCCUCCCCAUCACCCAAUCCAAGCCCCCCACACCCGGCUCCAAGGCCAGCCAGGAAGGCCAGGAGCCCUUAAUCCAGUUCGUUCAGGCCUUCGUGAGACUCGUGCAGAGAUGAAACAGACUUUCCAUUAGAAGGCACAACUCUGGAUUCUCUCUUCUCCCCCCCCCCCCCCUCCCUCCAACAUUGUUGACGUGCAAUCGGAAAACGUAUUUACGAACAGUUGUUGCAGUAGUCAAAUUAGCACAAACGAGUGAGGGUGUUUAUUCUAAUGUGAUGUUUAAUAUUGAUUGGAACUGUAAUUUGCCGAACUGCAUCUCGUCAAAACUGCUGUUGUAACUACGUUUGACGUGCCCACAACCAAAGUGUUUACUUUAAAAGGCCAAUGAGAGGAUUGUAAAAAAAAAACAAACAUGUAUUAUGAAGAGAUCUCGGUGCUACUAAACAUCAGUCACUGACUGGUUUUAUCUUUCCAAGGCCUAGUUUUAUAGGUCACUUUGAUACCUAAUGACCACACGUGUUUCAAGUGCUACUUAAAAAAAUUAGACCUUCGAGUAUAAUCUUUUCAUGUAUGACUAAAUGUAGUAGAAAGGCUCGUUCUGUAAAGCUUCAUUAUACCUUUUUCUAUUUCUCUUCUUUUUCUCUAAAUCUUGUUCUGAACUUUCUUAUCUGUGCUUAUCCAUGUAUACAUUUUGAAGCGGCAACCAAGAUUUGUACUUAAAAAAAAAACAAAUGUAUAUGCUAAUAAAAGGGACUUUUGUACCACAAA